AUGGGUAAAGAUGAACUGUUGGAAAGACGGAUGAAGAAGGCUAGUCCGAGUCCUGCUAAGCCUUGCGGGAAGAGUAUCCAAAGGUCUUCCGAGAGAAGGAAGAUCCAUACUGCUUCACGAGAAACCAAAAAGAGUCUUCUUGAUGAGUUUGAUAGGCCUGAAGAAGAAGAAGAAGAAGCAGCAGGCUUUGAUACGCAAAUGGCUGCUGAAGCGAUCAAUGAUCUGCACUCUGGAAACGCCAGGGAAAUUGAUAAUGAGUCGAAUAAUCUUAUAGAGAAGAGAGGAGGAGAAUUAUCAAACCAACGUUGUAGGUCUAAUCUGCUUAAGCAAUCGAGUGGGGGUGAUGAAGCAGAGGUAUUGAGUUGCCCCAAGCGGAGGAGAAGAUCAGCUCGUAGUAUUUCGCAAGAUCAGGAUAAUGAGGCACCUGCUUUUGAUACUCCAGUCAAGUCUAAUGGUUGGUGGAACCUAUUCCCGAGACUAAGAGUGCAAGAAAGAGAAGAUAUAAUUGACGAGGAUCUGUACAUACUCAGAGACUCGAAGAAGGAGAAGGAGUUUGGUUUCAACAUGGGGGUUUCUUUGACUCGUGCACGGCAGAACCCACUACUAAAGGGGAGAAGAGUCUUUAUCACCCCAACUACGAAGCCUGGUUUAAACACAAUCACGACUUUGGUUAAGGCAGUUCAUGGGCAGCCUGUGGAAAGACUGGGAAAAUCUUUCCUAAGCGAAGACAAGGUCCCAGAGAAUCUUCUAGUCUUAUCAUGUGAAGAGGAUCAAGAUAUCAGCAUACCUUUUCUAGAAAGAGGGGCUGAGGAGGUCUAUAGCUCUAAGUUACUGCUGAAUGGUAUCGUUACUCAAAAGCUAGAGUAUGAGAGGUACCGUCUCUUCACAGAUCAUGUUAGCAGAAUGCGGUCAACGAUAUGGAUCAGAGACGGCGAAGGAAAGUACCAACGCCGUAGAGGGUAA